AUGUCUGAAAACCUUCAAGACCUCGAGGACUAUAUUCAAUAUCAAUUUGAAGAUUUUAAAAGUUUCAAAUUGGCGCUUUUCUUGAAUUCCGGACAAGUUUCGGUGAAAUUUUCGAUUGGAGAAAUUGAUAAAAACUUCAUCGACAAUCUAAUUUCCGAAAUUCAAACCAAAAAUUCUGGAAGUUUCCACUUGGAAAAUCGCGAAUUCUCUCUUCAAACAUCUUCUGAGAAGCUUCUGGAAUUCAAACAUUCAGAAUCAGAGAAAAUUUUCGCGUUGAAAAACGGCGAAAAUUUAAUGAUUGUUUAUUGCUCAGGGAGUACUGUAGACAAGGAUCAGGAAAGGAUCAAGGAGCUAAUUAUGGAUCUUCUUAAUUGA